AUGGCGACGGAUGAGUGGAGGCAUUGCACUGACUGGCUCGUUCGAUGUAACAUUUUACCCGAUGAACACAAAGCUACACAGCCUGAUGCAAGUGCAUUUGACUUAGCCCAGGCUUUACGAGAUGGAGUACUCAUAUGCCAUCUACUGAACAACCUGUCUCCAAAUUCUGUGGACGUGAAAGACUUCAGUCAGAGACCUCAGCUGUCACAGUUUCUAUGCUUGAAGAAUAUUCGAAUAUUUCUGCAGACAUGCCAGUCAGUCUUUGGUUUGAGCACAGCAGAUUUAUUUGACCCAUUUGAUUUGUUUGAGGUUAAAGAUUUCAGAAAGGUUUUAACUACCCUUUCCAAGUUAUCAAAGACACCGCUUGCCAGAAGGAAAUCCAGUGGCUUUAAAGCUCCCUCAUCUCGUUCAUGUGAUCAUGAAUAUUACAAUUCUUUAGAAGAUUUAGCCAAUGGUUUUCCUCCCGAGCAGACAGCACAUCGACCAUCACGCAGAUUCAAUCCUGAUGAUGAAGAAGACAUUUAUGGAAAUCUCCCAGAUUUAGCUCUACGUCAUGACCUUGAUGACAAUGAAGAAAUCUACGAUCAUGUGUAUCAAGAAGAUGAUGAUGAAAUUUAUGAAGAUUUAUGUACAAGACGACAUAGAAGAGAAUCAAGUGUAUCUGAGCUUCCACCCCCUGUGACAAAACGUGACUACUGUGUCAAAGAACUCCACGAUACAGAGAAAAACUAUGUAGACGCAUUACGCAUGGUUCAGCAACACUUCAUUAAACCUCUGAAAGACAUAAUCUCAUCUGCUGACAGAGAAGUUAUAUUUGCUCACAUAGAAAAGCUACUUGAAAUUCACAAAAAAUUUCAGUCGGAAUUGCAAGAAGCAUGUAUAAGUGGAAAUCCUAAAAUUGGUGACGUUUUUGUGAAAUAUAAGAAAAGCUUGCUUGUGUAUGGGAAUUAUUGUUCUGACAUGCCAAAAGCCCAGGAAAGAUUGGAGGAUGUGAUUAAGAAAAACGACCAAAUUCGGUGUCAGAUUGAGGUUUGUGAAAAGAAAGCAAAUGAAGGGAAGUUUAAACUGAGAGAUUUGCUUCAUGUUCCAAUGCAGAGAGUCUUGAAGUACCAUUUAUUAUUGAGAGAGUUGAUAAAGCAGUCUGGGAAGCAAGCUGAUGAUAAAGAUACUCUGGAAAUGGGUCUGGAAGCCAUGAUGGACCUGUCCUUGUAUGUGAAUGAAGUGAAAAGAGACAAUGAGACCUUACAACUGAUCAAUGAAAUACAAAACAGCAUUGGAGACCUUCAAAUGUAUCUACCCAAAACACCUGCUAACACCACAUUAAAGGACUAUGGCAGACUGCAGAAGGAUGGAGAGCUGAAAGUGAAAAACCAUACGGACAACAAAAUCAGAAUAAGAUACAUAUUUCUCUUUGACAAAGUGAUGCUGAUGUGCAAGGCUAGGAUGGUGGAUCGAUUAUUCUCGGGGGAAUCUUAUAGUUUCAAAGAGGCCAUCAUCCUGGCAGUUUACAAAGUCCAUGAUCAGCAACCUGCAAACAGAGAGACCCAGCGCAGAGGGGAAAAGUGGAACAGUUCAUUUAUUAUGGCUAAGAAAGAUGGUUCAAACGCAUUUUCAUUCUUUGCCAAAACAGAGGACAUGAAGGCUAAAUGGAUUGAUGCAAUAAGGCUGGCAUUAGAGAAUGCUUCACCACCACAAGGGAUAAAUUAUGUGAUGCACACAUUUGAGGAGCCAACAGAAUGCACUGUUUGUGGGAAACUACUAAGGGGUGUGUUUUUCCAGGGUUACAAGUGUACAGACCCGGGAAGUGACAUUUCUGUUCAUAAGGAAUGCAUCGGCAAGCCUCCAAAUGCAGGCAACAGUAGAGUUCCGCCCAUUCCAGCCAGAGCUAUAGAAACAGUAAGGAUUAUUGACCAUCAUAGAUCGCUAUCUUUUGGGGGUAGUGGCACAAAAUCACGCUUUGAGAGUAGGAGAACUACUAGAAUUAUUUAUGAACGACAGGUCCGAGCACUCUGCGACUACAAUGGUAAUCCUAACCCAGGAGCUGGAAGGCCCCCACUGUGCUUUCGGAAAGAUGAUGUGAUAAAACUUCUGAACAAUGAUGCUCAGUGGUGGAAAGGACAGCUAAAUGGAGAGGAGGGGUGGUUCCCCUCACAACUAGUGCAAGAGGAAACUCAGAGGAUCCGAAGAAAACCCUCAUAUUUGGAUGUGAAAAUUAAGCCUAAAAAUGAGAAUGGAACACCAUGUAUUGUAUCUCCUCCCCGCCCUCACUCUCCUGCUAACAAUAUAUCAUAUGUCAAUAUGGAUAGUGAUGGAACGUCCAGUCACCUCAAAGGGUAUAAAUGGUUUGUUGGUCCAAUGGAUAGGGACACCGCCAAUCGCAGGCUCACAAACAUGCCAAAUGGAACAUUCUUAAUACGGGUCAGUGAAAAUCCAGGAAGGAAGGGCGAGCUCUCUCUGAGUAUUCGGUAUGAUAACCAGGUUCGCCACAUCCGAGUGGAGAAGAAUACUGAAGGCUUGUUUUAUUUAGCCGAUACUAAAUUCUUUUCUUCUCUUCCUGAAUUAGUGGAAUUUUAUCAAGACAACUCAUUGGCAGACAGUUUUCCAGGAGUUGACACUACUCUAAAGUUUCCUUUCAAAUCCCAGGCUGGGGGAGGUGCUAAUUCGCGAAUUCUGGGCUAUGCAGAAGCAGUGUAUGAUUAUGCAGCCACAGCCACAUCUCAGCUGUCCUUAUGUCGAGGUGACAAAGUGGCCAUUCUCAGCAAGACUGGAAGUGACAAGGGCUGGUGGAAGGGAGAGCACUGCGUCACAGGAAAGAAUGGUUAUUUCCCCUUAGCAUAUGUAAGAGAAAUGGAUGACGAUUGAUAAUCAGUGAAUGCUAAUCAUCAUAUGCAAGAUCCCCAAUCACCAUUGUGUUGCUAUUUUUGUUAACCAUGUGACCAAGGAAAAUCGACCAUUAGGAAACUUUUUCCAUAUACAGCAAACGCGAGUCUGAUACUACUGGAAGUUUUCUGCUCCACACGAUUUGUUGUGCCCAUUGACCAGCUUCCCAAGUAGAGCUGCCUGAGAACUAACUUUUGUUACACCCUGCGUAUCCACAACUACUUGCAUUAUUUUUUGUUGCAAACUGUGCCAUUCUCAUUUGAUUGUAGAUUGACACAUUGACUUGGAUGUAAAUGCGAUGUCUCUGUUGGGGAUGUCUCCUGUACUCUGUGAUAUUUAUAGCAAUUGAUUAACACUGUUAAUGAACCAUCACCACACUGACAGUAUUGUUAUUGACAUGCAGCAUAAUACAUCCUAUGUAGCAGUAUAUAUGAAUUAUAACCUUGUUCCACAUCAUUCCAUCUUCCUUCUGGUACUUAUGCUACUAGUAUUGCUUUUCAGUGUUUUCAGGUAAAUCUUUAAUUCACUCCGCAAUUUUUUUUUCACACUUUGAUAUUGGUUUUCAUGAAGAUAUGACACAUGUAAAAAUUUAAAUUACAGUUGAAAUUUUUGAAUAAUCAAAUGUAAUAUAUAAGAAAUAUAAUUUGGAACAAAUUUCAUUUAAUGCAUUAACUGAUGUAAUUAAAGGUAUAUAAACUGGACUAAGUAUGCAUUUUUUCUAACAGAGGAUAGGGUCUUAUUUAAGUUUGCAUAACAUGUAUACAUAUUACCAAGUUUUGUUUUCUCUUCAAGAAAAUAUUGAAUCAGAUAUGGAAAUUUAUGAAUUUUAUGUUACCCCUAUGUAUUAUAAGUAGGGCCCAAACCACGUAGUAUUUAUCUACCUUUAUUUCAUAUAUGUAAAUAUGAUUUAUACUACAUGUAUUUCACUUUCACUUGGUUGAAAUUGGAAUGUAUAACGUAGUAUGAUCAUUUCAAUAACCAGGCCAAAAGCAUGACAUUAAGGUACACACAACAUCGUAGUGCAGCUUCUCUAAAUAUAAAUCAGUUCAUUUUUAAAAUUUGUCACUACGAAAUGUGCAACUUCAGCUUAAGCAAGCUUCUUGAUAACACAAAACUACAUUAUUUAUGAAAAUAUAAUCAAAUUAGCAUUGUGACUGUGAGUAAUUGAUGUGACGAGGAAUAUUCUGUUAUUUCGCAGAUCUUGCCUUUAUCUAUAGAAAUCUCCAGGUGAUAUUCUUUGAUAUGAAUAAUCCAUGAAUAAAGCUUGUUAUUAAUUUGUAAUAUUAGGCAUACAUCUUAGCUUUUGUUCAAUCUGAUUAAAAUGGUCAUUGUAGAUUGUAUGACAUCAUGUAUCUCUAUGGCUUAAUCAUUAUACUAAGUUUGAUUACAUCCCAUGCCUACAGGUCCCCCUAAUACAUUGUGUGUAAGUCCACAUCAUUGCUGUAGCUCAUCCCUUGUUAUGAUAAGCCAGGAUGAUUUGUUGAUAAGAGUGCUAUUUAUCUUGAACUCAGUUAAUAAAAUGUACAAAAACUUUA